GAGGGGUGAGGAGGAGAGAGAGGAGAGGGGGAGAGCUUCUAAUUGGAAAGUCAGAGAAAAGCUGAGGGAGGCAGAAGAAAGUUGACACUGUGAAACCGCGGGGAGGAUUAAAGAGAGACCUUCUCCAGCGAGAGGUAGAGAGAAAGGAGGAGGAGGAAGGAAGGAAGGACCGAGGAUGCGGGAGAAGAUGCAGCUCAGGGGGGAUGGAGAGUCUCUGACGAGGCGUUACUGCUGCCUGGAUGCUCAGGUGUGAGGAGGCGCAUCUGCAUGAAUCCAGAUCAGAGCAGCUGAAGUUUGACUUCCACUCCGCAACUCCACGUCCCACACAGACACGUGCAACACACUAAUAUUUACCCAAAAUCCAUGCAUAUGUGCACACCUUCUGCGCACUCCCACGCGUAAAGCAGUCAAAAUAGCGCAGAGGAUCCGAGCGGAUGGUUAAAAGCUGGGACUCUGGAUUCACAUCGUUUUGUUGUGGGAGGAAUCAUUCCGAGGACAGGACAGGACGGAGCACAGGAGAGAAGACCUCCUCGUCCUCGUCGGAUAGAGUCGCCCGGCUGCUCGUCUUGUCCUGAAUGAAUCCCUCUUAAGGUGGACGCAUUAAAAUUACAUGUCCCAGUGGAGCGCUGCCACACCACGCAGCAAACCCGCAGCCAUAAAUCAACACCGGAGGACUUUGAUUUCUUCAUUAUCGCUUCCUGCAGCAACAACAGAGGAGCAGGCAUGUUGGCAGGCCCGCUGACCUGCGGACGUGCACCAUAGGAUUCUAUUUCUGGAGCCUCAUUGCUUUUACAGAUUAACUGCCCUCAAAUAUGGCCCCAAUCCGUUCAUUGCGCCACUAGUUUGAUGGCUGCCGGAAGGUUGUGUAUAGUCAAGUUUUGAAAGCGCCCGGCCGUGUGUCAGCCCACUCAUCCCAAGGCCCUUUUUGGAGGCAGUUUUUCAGACUCUUUCGGGCUGCGUGUCACAACAGCUUGUUACAAUCAUUCGUCAAGUCUUUGCACGUUUCCACCCCGAGCAGCUGAAGGGAGAGAUUGACGUACGACGCUUUCACAUUAAUACCGAGUCACUGUGCUUAGAUUAAGACUUAAUAUUUUAUUGAGAGACUUUUUCCCCCCGCUGAAUUCCUGUUGCCCAGUGUUUUCAUUAGCCUGUCUGAGGUGAUCAACGUCCCUCAUCAUCAGAAUUGACAUUUCCAUAUUGUAUGAGAGCAAAAGCAGCAAACUGGUGAACGCUGACACACUCAAUCAUGUGAAAUGGAAGAGAUGGGACAAAGCUUGAACCGUCAAGCCCUGAAAAAAUUGCUUCUGACACACGAGGAAAAGGGAAUCUUGAAUUAUCCAAAGCAUCUCCAGCCCCACAUGUCGUAGUAAACAGAAUUCCACUGGAUUUUCCAUGCUAUCGUAAAUCUGGAGUGUGCUGCUGGCCUCUGGACCAAGCCCCGUAAUAAGAGUAAAAUUAAAGAAUAGGAUUAGAGAUGGAUUAUCACAGAAACACUAAAGCUGGCAAAGCAGCUGCCUUUGCCUAAACCCGCCGGACACUCUUCAGCGAGAUACUGCCCACCGAUUGGUAGAUUACAUUUGGUUGUUGAUGUGGCGGCCUCUUGAGGGGUUGCUGCUCAAAGAGAGGGAUGGAGAAUCUAGAUGAGCUGGAGCACCCUCUGCUGGGGGACAGCCCCAACAACAACCGGGCUGCAGGGCAGGGGCCGGGGCUGGGACCCGGGACCGGACAGGCCCCCGGUGGGCUGUUCAAGGGCAUCCUGGUGAAAUGUGAGGAGGACAGAGCGUAUCCUCCGUUAGCAUGGAGGAACUACUGUGGACAUCCUCCUGAGCUCCAGCAGCAGCAGCUCCUGGACCCCUGUUCCUUACCUCGCACUCUGGAGUCCUAUUACCCAGCGGCCCCCAUCUGGGGUCCCGCAGACUCCCUGCUCAGCAAAGACUACCUGGAGACCACCUUUGUGGACAUUCGGCCCGGAUCGACGCUGGAGAGGAAGCUGCUGGCUGAGACGCAGGACUUCCACAGCGCUUCCUACAGCAUGGACGACGAGGACGACCUGCUUCCUGACUCUGACGACUCAUCCAUCGAUGACUUCAGCGAUACAGACAGCGAGAGCAACUUCCCUCUGAUGAUCCCUCAGGACUACUUGGGUCUGGCCUUUUUCUCUAUGCUCUGCUGCUUCUGGCCCCUGGGCAUCGCUGCCUUCUACCUUUCACAGAAGACCAACAAGGCCUCGGCUCAGGGGGAUUUUCAAGGGGCCAACGCAGCAUCUCGCCAGGCUCUGUGGCUCUCAGUGCUCUCCAUCGUGUUCGGAAUCAUCACCUACAUCUGUGCCAUCGCCGCGUUGAUCUCCUACCUGUCCGCGAAGCCGCCGUAAAAGCUCCCGUGCACAAAAAAAACCGUAAAGACAGACCUCUCGCACAUUUCACGAAUAGCAACACACGCCAACAUAUCACCUGUAAAUGUAAAAAAAAUAACCAGUCUUUUGUCCGUCGACUUGUCCAGAGUCAUGUUUCAUCCACACUGAGCUGGAAAAGUCUAAAUCAUGAUCACUUCUGAUAAUUCAGCUCAAAGGAGUGUAAAAUCUCACUUCAGUUAAAAGAUUCAGUCUGUAAUUGUGCUUUAUUUUGUCAUCCGAGGACUUCUUUUUUAAAUGUGUGCUGUGGUCGUCAUCACGUUUAGCGUUAAAGAAAAAAAACAGACGUUUCCACAGCGCUGUAGAUAUCACCGAUCUGAACGAUGAAUAAUAACAAGAAGAAGAAGCGGAGGGAGAGGAGAUGGAGUCUGCAGAUUUAUGAGAAGGUCACAGCAAGGACGUGGCUGCAGAUAAAUCCUGACGGACUUCACCGUGGGAGGGCCACUGUCGCCGGAGGGGUGAAAGAGAGCCUCUGAGCUUCAUCAGAAAACGCCAGAAUUCCUCGCUGCACCUCUGGAAACACUGCACCCGAUAAUCCUGAUUUCACUGUCGGCAUCACUCAUUGUUUACCUGCAGAAAAGGACUGUCGCUGCUUUCUUUAUGCCAAGUCAAACCUUUACAAAGACACACACAAAAAACUAUAAAAAAUACAUAGAGUGCCAUUAUAUAAGAGAAUAAAAAGGAGACUCUUAAAAUGAAAUGCUGGAUCGUGGCGAGAAACAGAUACGGAAAUAAAGGUUCUAUAUAUACAGUGCAAGGAAAUGAUGACAGGAAGGUGCAGACCUGUGAGGAAAAGUGCCAAAAAAUGUGGAAGAAACUCUGAGGAUGAGCCUUUUAUGAGCGAUUCCAUUAAUAGAAGCAACCCCAGACACACAUUCUGCUAUUUCAUAGAGCUGGAAACCUUCAGGAACAACAAAAAAAAAAGAUGUCUACUUCUACGUUUAAAAAUAAAAACAGCAAGACAAAAAAUAGUCUGAUUGCUCGGCCAUGUGAUGCAUGAGUCAGUAGCAUCUCCAUUUAACAGAAACCUGCAUGGCGAGUUUGUCGAUCACAAACCUGCUUUAAGCUUCGGUCAUUUCCUUCGUUCGGUCCAAAAUUUUUUGCAAGAACAGCUUUGAGAAAUGAAAAAAAACCUUUAGCCAUAUUGGUUUGAGCUUAACUGUGCCAUUAACGAAAAGAGCCAACAAGGGAAGAACUCUGAAUAGAUAUUUAGAAAAAAACGACUAAGGUGAACAUUUUCUAUUUAGAUGUAUAGUUUUUUAGAGUCCUAAGGUGAACUACAAGUGACUCAAAUGAAACACUGUCUCCUGCGAUCCCAGUGUUGUAUCAAGACUGAGCUGGUAAUAGAUUACAGUCACUAUAAGUGGUAUUUGUAGACACACCUCUGGUAUCUCAGUGUCGUCUACCCUCGUCAGCGAUCACCGUUCAUGUGAUGUGAUUCUGCUGCACCGACUGUCCACAAACACCUCUGACAAUCCUCAACCAUCGUCUGUCUCCACCGGACAUCUAUGUUGAAGAAUAAAAAAAAGACCUUUUGUUGUUGCAGCUGAUGAUUAAGCGAUUUAUACGGAGAGUUUAAUGCGACUGAUCGGACUUUGUGCCACGACUGGACACUAAAGUGGACAAUUCAAGUGAGUCGAUAAAAGGUUAAAGGUUGCAGUAAAAGGGAUUUAUUAGUAUAAGAAAUAUUCGUUUCUUUCCCAGGUCACAUCCUUGUAUUACAUGUAAAUAUUAAAGUGAAGGAAAAAUCAAUGAAUCCCAAUAAAUGCACUUGUUUGA